AACGCGACGUCGGCAAGAUAGAACGAUUUUCCCGGCGCACACGCUCUAUUCCCUGGCCGUGGUGUAUCUACGCGCGCGAGCACGUUUUUGCGAAUGCAAAACGAGACGCACAAGUGUAUUACGGACGAUGAGGUGCAGCGAAAGUACAGAGCCAUUAUGCCGCGGAGUAUAUAAGGCUCACUCUAGAAAACGAAGCGGUUCAGUUAGUGGUUAUACGCCACCACAAAACAUACGCGAACUCGACGAUGAAUAUUAAGAUAGCCAUCGUGCUGGUGGCAGUGGCCACGCUACCGAGUCGCGGUGAGGAAUCCAAGGCGGCCGAGAAGGAGUCGAAGUCGUCCGUCGAGCCUACGCAGAAGAAGACCGAGAAGCGCGGUCUGCACGGCAGCUACGGUGACCUUGGCGGAGGUGGUGGCGACUUUGGCGGCGGUGGCGGCGGCGGUGGCGGCGGCGGCGAGUACGGGCAUCAGGAGCACGUGAAGACGGUGACGGUGGUGAAGAAGGUGCCUGUGCCGUACGAGGUGACGAAGCACGUGCCCUACGUGGUCGAGAAGCACGUCCCGUACGAGGUGAAGGUGAACGUGCCGCAGCCGUACACCGUGGAGAAGCAUGUCCCGUACCCGGUGAAGGUGUUCGUGAAGGUGCCGGAUAAAGUGUAA